CUACGGCGCUUUACCAGUUAAGCAGCGUUACUUCGUCAUGUCGGGUCUGUUGUCCAGAUUUGGUGCUCGGUUGGUGUUUUCUAACAGGGCUAUUUCGAAGCACCUGAUUCCGAGAUCUUUCAAUUCGCCCCAAGGCGUUAUAUGUUUAUCCACCGUCCAGAAAACACGUUACCAACCACACAAUGUGGAACAGUCAUCCAGGGGACUUGAUAAGACCGAUGAUAUUACUAGGCUAGAGCACUUUUUGCGAAAACAAAGGCUUAAAGGCGCUUUGUAUAGUUCUAAGGAGAAUGCAAAGUUUGCUGACAAAUUUUGGGAAGAUAUUAUAGAAGCUGGUGAUGUGCUUUUAGCUGAGAGAUACUUGAACAUGAGAGUCAGGUUAGGACUACACAUAGAUGCAGAAAAAGUUUUAAAAGAUAUGCGCGAGGCUAGUAUGCUUCCUACUGCACGAAUCUACGGCGUCUUCAUACAUCAAAGUUGUGCUGUCGGUGACAUGAAUCAGACAAACUCAUACUUGCGACUACUUCGUGAUGCUGGUCUGAGGCCGAAUUCAUAUAUAUUCUCUCAAAUUCUACAUGGUUACGUUAAAGCAGGACUGCCUGAAGAAGUUUCUUCAACACAAGAAUUAUUAUCCGAAAUAGGUUUAUGGCCAUCCAGAUAUGCAUAUGAAGGUCUUCUAUCUGCUUAUGCUGAUCUUGGAGAUAAACAAAGUUUACUACGAAUUCUAGAUGAAGCUUACACUGUACUUCCUUCACUUGUGAAUUCAGACGAAAAUCAUUUUGGAAGAGAAAUUUCACCUACUUUUCUCAUGGAUCUUUAUACAAGAAUAAAUUGUUCACAAUCAGAUUCAAAUGCAACAUGUAUUGAGAUACUUGAAAAAUUGCCGUCAACGGAUGACUUUUUCCCGUAUGAUUUUGCCCAAGAUACUGUGAAAGUUCUCUUAGCCAAAGGACGUCCAGCUGCUGCUUUGGAAGUUUUUAAAAUUAUGCGCCCAGAAAAUGCAACCGAAGGUUAUCUACACUCACUUCCAUUAUAUGCCGCUACUGGUGGUUUGAAUUCAGAAGCCUUGGAACCAUUUUGGGAGGCAGCCCGUUUAGACAGUAAACAAUUGAUGGUGCUGAAGAAUAAAUGUAAAUUGUAUUUCAACCGAAGUAAUAGACCGCCUAGCACAUUGGCCAAUCAGUUUUCGAACUACAUAGAAGAAAAGAAUGUCGAAGCUGCUAUUGAUAUGUUAAAGGACCUGAACAGAACUAACAGUCCAAUAGUGUAUACAUUCAUGGUACCAAAAUUAAUGCGUUUAGGCUAUUCACUGACAGAUCUAAUUGAACGAGUUCAGAAUCCUGAAAUUAAUGGAGCCUUGGCCUUUGGCUAUGUACUGAACUCAGUGUUAUCAAUUGACUCUAAAGAAACCUUUAAAGAAGAUUUAAAGAAAUGUUUAUCCUUGGUAAAUGAAUAUCGUGCUAAAAAGCUUCUCCCCUACACCGACUUCAUACGUGUUGGCAAUUAUCAAAUGGAGAAAUUGUUGUCAAACAUUCUAUCGUUAUCAGAUAUGUCAGAAAUAGAAGAAAUGAAUAAGUCCACGAUUAUGUUUGAAGUAUUUGGUAUAUUGAAUCAUGCUAUGAGUAAACGUGAAUUUCAUUCACUUUUUGCACAAAUAUUUGAAGCCUUGUUAAUAUCUAAACAUCGACAUUUUAAUAAUGUACCAAAGAAUACAGUGAUUCAACUUGUCGCUGAUGCUUGUGCUCGUCAGAAUAUUGUCUUCGACAAGACCGACUGGUUGUUGUCUGCAAUGAGAAGUGCUGGUGUGUCAGAGGAGACUCUAAUACGGCUCACUGUUGAUUAUUCGACAAAUCGACUUCCCUUUGCAGAUCUGAACACCCUGUUGUUCAGUGGACGAAUAGCAGGUAUCGGAAGUAAAUCAAAUGAAAAGUCAUCAACCACUGUUGGUCAAAUGAGUGUAUCACCCAAAGAAUCAAUAUUGAGUGUUGCCCAAUCAUUAGUGAGAUUACAAAAGGAAAAUCCCAGUGAAUAUGAAAAUAAACUCAAUUCCAUUGAAAAUUCUUGGGGCAUACAAAAGAAAUCGAUUCUAAUAUUGAAUCUUGUGAAUCUCGGCGCUGAGGAUCUCGUUGAACGUACCAUUCAAUACCUGCCUGAAAAUCAGCGUGAGAAGUCAGAACCAUUGAAACGCUUUGCGCAUAUUAUCCGUGUAUGUUCUGCUAGUGAUGCCAAUAAGACAAAAGCACUAGAAAGUGUGAAGGAAACGAUUCAAAGUUUAACGGGUCUUCCAUCUGAGGAUUUAUUCAAUACCCUAAGAGGUCCACAUAUGGAUACUCUCUUCAGAUGUUGGCCAGUUGAUCAUGUUUCAGACUUGAUUGUUAUGGUGAAGAAAGUUUCAGAGCUUGGUUUGAACUCUGUCAGUUUACAACUUGCUGGUGUUUUAAUCAAUCGAGGGCUAGUUGAUCAAGUCUCUGCUUUACUUGGGAAAAAUACAACAAUACCAUUUACAUUUUUGGUUGGUAGUCCUCGACAUCCUCUGACAGAAUCUGCUUUUCAUUCAACUAUGGAAUAUAUAAAAACUAAUGAUCCAAAACACAUUCCAGGCUUUGUUGACUAUACUCUUCGUAAUGCAGCUCUAUCCAAUAAUGAAGACAACCUUCACCAAUUAAUACGUACAGCUGUAUCACCAGCCUAUAAUGUUGACUUGACAGAGAUUUGUAUCCUACCCACGCUUCAAGUUAUCUGUAACCGGUUGGAAGAAAGUAAAAAUCUGCCCGCUGAUGUAUUACAAGCGACGAGAUCAAUCGUUGAAAAGUAUCAAUCAUCUAAACAAAAAGUAUCGAAAUAAUCUUUCAUUUCUCCCUCUUGGAGCAAAAAUAUCGUGACUACCACCACCAUUCAAGUCAAGUUUAGUUAUAUGCUUAGUCAUCAUUUUGUAAAAUAAACUAUUUAACUAGGCUGACUUGAUUGUUGUUGUGUUUUUUUUAAAUUUUAUUGUGAAGUAAACACCAUCCUAACGAGAAAUCUCACUACAUUGAUCGUAUAAAUCUUACGGUAUACGUCGAUUUACUACUUCGUGUCAUAUAUAUGAUAGGGAAUAACUUUUUCAACUGUCAUGUUUGAACUCAUUUCCUGGAAUAUAGGUGGUGUUCCAUGAUUGAUCUCUAGUCUAAUGAGCUACAUUUAUUAAAUUGAAUAAAGUCUGUUGGUACUCUCUCUAGUUGUGCAGACUAUGAUGAAGUAGGCGGCGGAGUGUGGAG